AUGCUUCGAAAUUCGCGACAUGGCGUUGAGGAGUAUGCCAUGGAUAUGGGGGCAGGGAGACAGGUUGUACCUGAUCCUAUUCCUACCCCUCCUCCUCCCCCCACCGGAAGAGACCACGUCGCCAUCGACAUGCUGGAAGAAUGCUGCGCAGGAAGUCGAUCCCGUUGCGAAUCUGUCAUCCGGUCAGAAUACCAACCCAACCAGGGGAACUUUCUCGUUCAAGCCUUGAAGAAUUUGCCAGGGUUUAGGGAAUGCCUUGCGGAUAACAUACACGUUUCGAUGAGGGUUUUUUGGGCGAUCGUAAUUGCGCUGUUAAGUGCUAUUGUGUACGUCAUUGUUCAAAUGGGACAUACCAGAACAAUGGGCCAUCCGCUAGUAAUUAACCCUGAAACAGAGGAAAUGUACAUCGGAAAUGUGGAAUUUCCCAGGGUCACCGUUGCUCCUCCGGGGGGCUUCUCCCGCAACCAAAUCGAUGUUGCGCAUGAAACUUAUUGGGAGCUACGAAAUUACCUGCCUAAUAAAUGGACAAAAAAUGAAAGUGCAGGAGUAAUUCAAAUCAUUGAUCAAGUUUGCUCCCCCAAUACAACCUUUGCUGGUUUGAAUAACGUCGAGCAUUUGGAAAACUGGAACUUUGAAUUAGGAAAUAUUGCUCAUGUGAAUGAAGAAGUAAUGGACUAUGAGUUACAGAUGAGUGAAAAAGUCGCUCCAUUUAUUCGAGAGGGAAUGGUAAACUGUUCGGAAGCAAUUGAACGGUGCUUUCUCAACGGAGUGGAGUUAGAUUGUGGGGAGGUCUUUAAAGAGCAUUUUUCUGAGUGGGGAAGUUCUUGCAUCUUUAACGGAAUUCCAACCGCUGCAACUAGACGCAACAAGGCGUUAAAAUCAGCAUUUGGACAUCAGUACAAAGAAGACGAGCUCACUGAAUGGCAACAGGUAAAAUCUGAUCGAGACAGCGACGAUGUUGCUGAAAAGGGACAAAACAGGACGAUUCCAAUUCCUUGGAAGCAAUAUUUUCCGGGCAAAACUUCCGGCUUAACUUUCGUCAUGAAGCAUGAAGAACUUGACAAAGCUUGCGUACACGGUGAAGGGGUCGGUUUCAUGGUUCAGGUAAAUCAUCCGUUUGAUGAGCCUCAAAUACAACGGUUUGGGGCACCAAUUGCGUUUGGGGUGGAAGCCCAGGUCGCCGUGCGUCCAACCGUUUACUUGGCCGAUGGUGAGAUAAAGGAAGACGUUGAUCAGAGUCACCGUCGUUGUUAUUUCAGCGACGAAGGUGGCAUGGCUAAAUUAGAAUAUUACAAAAAGUAUUCCAAGCAGAAUUGCUUGUCCGAAUGUUUCUCAAAGAACGUUACGAAACACUGCAACUGUACAAUGAUCACCUAUCCAGGAAAACCUGGACAUAGAUUGUGUACAGUUAACGAAAUGAAAACUUGCGUCCAUGAGCAAGAAAAAGCCUUAUUCAAGGAAGGACUUGCAACGAAAUGUCAAAAAUGUCGGCCAAAUUGUCGUGAUACAAAAUACGAGAUGAAGAUAUCUUCGAGCCCCAUGUCCGACAGCACCAUGAAGGACUGGAACAUACCGUAA